AUGAAUGUUCAUUCAUUAUCAUUAUUUAAAUUUGGUCGCGUACAAAGUAUUGCAGCUAAAGGUCAAUUAAUUUGUAAUGGAAAGCCUCAACCUGGGGUUAAAGUCAAACUUUAUGAUGAUGAUCGAGCUGGUUUGGAUGAUUUAAUGGAUGAAGGCGUUACGGAUAGUGAUGGUCAUUUUGAAUUGAAAGGUCAUGAAACUGAAGUGACCGAUAUCGAUCCCAAAGUUAAUGUUUACCAUAAAUGCAAUGAUGAAGGAAAGGUGAGCGAAAUUUGGUCCAUUGGGACCAAUAUGAGAUCAAUAAGCGUAUUAUUCUUGAUAAUUCCGAUAAUUAAUUCAUUACCAACAUUUCGUAAAAAACAAAGUGUCGCUGUCAAAGGAAUUUUGCUGUGUAACGGUCAACCAAUGGAAAAUGUUAAAGUGAAGUUGUAUGACGUUGAUCAUGACCUAAUGGCUGAAGGCAAAAGCAAAAAAAACGGCUCAUUUUUUUUAAGUGGUUCCGAAACGGAAGCAACAAAAAUUGAUCCGAAACUUAAUAUUUAUCAUAAUUGUAACGAUGAGAGGAAGGAAUGUCUACGAAAAGUCGAGAUAAAAAUUGAUAAAAAAUUUAUAACAGAAGGUGAUAAAGCUGAUCAAAUAUUUGAUAUUGGUGAAUUGAAUCUUUCUGGUCGCUUCUCCGGUGAAACAAGAGAUUGUAUAAAUUGA